CCUUUGACUGGAAACGCGCAUACACUGUCGGAAACUUAUUUUUCUGAGUUACCCCGACCAGUUGUACGUGUGGUGAAUCAAUAAGGAUGAAGAUUGACAUCCAUAAUCAUAUUUUACCCAAGGAAUGGCCCGAUCUUAAAGAGAGAUAUGGAUAUGGUGGAUUUGUACAGCUGCAUCAUCACUGCAGAGGGGAAGCCAAGAUGAUGAAGGAGGGGAAGGUGUUCCGUGUGAUUCAGGAGAACUGCUGGGACCCUGCAGUCCGGAUUCGGGAAAUGGAUAAAUAUGGAGUGACGGUACAGGCACUGUCCACGGUUCCUGUCAUGUUCAGUUAUUGGGCCAAACCCCGGGACACGCUGGACCUGUGUCACAUCCUGAACGACGAUCUGGCGGCCACAGUUAGCGCGUUCCCCAAACGCUUCGUGGGGCUGGGGACGCUUCCCAUGCAGGCCCCUGAGCUGGCAGUUCAGGAGAUGCGGCGCUGUGUGUUGGAGCUGGGCUUCCCUGGGGUUCAGAUCGGAUCACACAUCAACUCCUGGGACCUCAACGCCCCUGAGCUGUACCCAGUCUAUGCGGCUGCUGAGGAGCUGAACUGCUCCUUGUUUGUGCACCCCUGGGACAUGCAGAUUGAUGGGAGAAUGGCUAAAUACUGGCUCCCCUGGCUGGUAGGGAUGCCAUCAGAGACAACAAUGGCUAUUUGCUCAAUGAUCUUCGGAGGAGUCUUUGAGAAAUUCCCAAAGCUGAAAGUUUGCUUUGCCCAUGGAGGUGGUUCCUUUCCAUAUACUGUGGGCCGCAUUGAACACGGGUUUCAGGUUCGCCCAGAUCUAUGUGCUGUGGACAAUAAGAUCAACCCAAGGAAAUACCUAGGGUCCUUUUACACUGACUCACUGGUUCAUGACCCACUCGCCCUCAGGCUACUAAUUGAAGUGGUUGGAAAGGAUAAGGUCAUGCUGGGAACCGAUUAUCCUUUUCCACUGGGUGAGCUGGAGCCAGGAUCUCUGAUUGAGUCAAUGGCUGAUUUUGACAGCCAUUUAAAGGAUAAACUUCUUGCCAACAAUGCUCUUGACUUUUUGGGUCUUAAAAGGAGCCAGUUUGAGUGACUUGUGAAGAAAUGUAUGUGGAAUAAAAGAAUACAGCCCAAAUCCCCCAUGUUAGACUGACUAUGCCAUUGUACCAGAAAGUUUGAGCAUUUUUAAACCUACAUUAAUACAUUUAAAAGACUUAGAUGGUUUUAGCAGUAUGCUGAAUAUGUUCAUAUUGUCAUUAGUAUUCAGUUUACAUCAGAGCAGUGCCUGCAAUGCAAUGUUCAUUGAAAGUAAUGUGAAUUGUUGAACGUGUACCAGAAUGAAUCACU